UUUGUCGUGUUGUCAAAAGAAAUUGUUCAAUACAAUCCAAAAUUGUAUGUGAAAAAUUAUUUAAUAAAUGAAAUUAACUGUAAACGGUUUUAUUAAUCAACCGGACCAUGUAAAUUAAACAUGCGAUAGCGUGCAAGUACAUUUUCCAAGUCAUAUAUUCAGUGUUAAUCGUACAUAUAGGUUGUAUAUUAUUAAAAAUACAUUUGCUAAAAUGGAUGGAACAUUGGUCCUUCUUUUGCUCGCCCUGGUGAUGCUGGUGGGGUCCUAUGUAGCUGGGAGUAUACCUUUGAAUGUGGCCAUGUCUGAGGACAAGCUUCAAAAAGUAACAGUUUUUGGAGCCGGCCUCCUCGUGGGCACAGCUCUGGCGGUGAUCAUACCUGAAGGAGUUCGUUCCCUGUUCAGCGAACGGUCACAUCCUACGGUAGUAACAAAGGACUUUACAGCGGAGCCACCGAGCCAUGACGAUGACUUACAUUCAGUUAUCGGAGUAUCACUCGUUCUUGGUUUCGUGUUCAUGUUGCUGGUGGACCAGAUGUCCACGAGAUACAACGACCAGAGUAAUCCAGUGGAGAAGAACGUCACCGCCACUGUUGGCCUCGUGGUCCACGCUGCUGCGGACGGUAUAGCUCUGGGCGCGGCGGCGACCACGUCGCACGCUGACGUGGAGCUGAUAGUGUUCCUGGCCAUCAUGCUGCAUAAGGCGCCUGCAGCAUUCGGGCUGGUCACCUUCUUGCUGCACGCCGGACUUGAGCGGAAUAGAAUCCGUAGACAUCUGCUGAUAUUCUCGUGCGCAGCUCCACUACUAGCUCUGCUUACCUACUUCGGUAUUGGAAACGAAAGCAAGCAGACGCUAAGCGACUUCAACGCUACCGGUAUCGCGAUGUUAUUUUCAGCCGGCACAUUCCUAUACGUAGCUACAGUCCACGUGUUGCCAGAAUUGACACACCCCCAAUCCCACACACACACACUCCUACCCAUGCAGGAGGGGGUACCCCCCAAAAAGGGUUUCGGGGGCCUCCUCCUCUCGGAAAUGAUAAUUCUAACCGUGGGCGCGUUAAUGCCCCUUCUCUUAACGAUGGGUCACAAACAUUGAUCUACAAAAAUGCUGGAAGGAUUAUGAUUAGAUUGUUUUUAAAUUAUAGGUAUUUUUUUUGUGUUGGGACCAUUUUUUCUAGGGGAUGAUUCUUGGGUGGACAUUGUUUUUGGAUGUUUGAAAUUAUAUUAUUGUUGGUUAUCAAAAUUAUCAGUUAUAUACUGUUAUAUUCUGUGUACUUUCGUCUUAUUACAUAGAGACUCCCGACAGUCCACUUCUGGACUAUGGGCCUCCUCUACAUAAGAUUGUCAUAAUCGACUGUAUGGUUGCAACUGGCUGCCGCACAACGUGUAGCGGUUCGAUUCCCGCACGGAGCAACUCUUUGUGUGAUCCACAAAUUGUUGUUCCGGGUCUGGGUGUCAUGUGUAUGUGAACUUGUAUGUUUGUAAACGCACCCACGAGAGACGGAGAAAAUCCUAGGCAACGAUUUUUUUCUAAUCUCCGCACUUGGCAGACGGGUUGGAGAUCAAAAUGGGUGCUACAUACAAUAAUAUAUGCAUUUCGUGCUACUCAAUUGAGAAACCAUGUCAGGUAUACAAUAGAAAAUUAUUUAAAAAAAAUACAUAUUUUUUAUGAAAAAUAAGUUCAGUAUAAUUAUCCCCAAGGAAUCACCCCUGUUGUUAGCUUUUUGUAUAUUUUUGCUUUACACAAUUUGACUUAGUAUCGGUCUAAUCAAAAAUGAUUUAUUUAUUUAUUUGGAAAAACAUGCAUAAUUUUACAGCUUAAGCCAAUACAUUAUACAGUUAAAAUGUUGAAAAUUUACAACAAAGAAAAAAGAAAUACAAUAUUUUUAAUUACUUAAAACUAAUUCAUCAGCCAUCCAUCUUCUCUCUAAACCAAACAUUCGCGACAUACAUCCUUCCAUCUCGCUGCGAACAAAUCACACUCUGGUGCGGACGUCAAGAGAGCAUGAUUGUUUUAUAUUUAAAGUACUAGUUUUUACUAGUUGCUGCGCUUGUGUUAUCGGAAUAGAAUGUGUUAUUCCAAACUAUAAUCUAUCUUUGUGCCAAAUUUCAUUCAAAUCCGUUCAGUAGUUUUUGCGUAAGAGUAACGAACAUACAGUCUCACAUUUAUAAAUAACUGGCUACUUCCACCCGGUUUCAUCCACUCUGCUCGACUCCUAUCGGGUCUGGGUGUCAUGUGUAUGUGAACUUGUUUCUCUGUAAACGCACCCACGACACGGGAGAAAAUAGUACUACGUCAAAAAACUAUGAUAUGAGAUUAAAAAAUCUAAUAUUUAUAUGUGCACUAUGUAUAUGUUAAAAAUAUAAAACAAUCAUUUUUGAUUAGACAUAAGAAAAGACAAGAAAUGUAAUACAUAUACGAGUAUAUAUUGCAACUGAUUAUAAUUAUUUUUAUAAUAAUUAUACAUAAUAUAAUAAUAUUAUUGUAAUAAAGGUGCUUUUAAACGAGCAAUAUAAUGACUGACAAUAUUGCAAAUAUUGCCAGCAAUAUUGCAAUUUUUAUAACUCGGUUAUUGCAGAUUGCAGAUUUAGACACCACUGACAAACGGUGUAGGAAAACAUCGUGAGUAAACCUAGGUUUAUAAUUUCUGAUUAUAAGUUUGAAAUUGACAACCCGCAUUGAGCAAGCGUGGUGAUUAAUGCUCAAACCUUCUCCGUGUGAGAAGAGGAUUUUGGUCACCAGUGGCCACUUAUAGGCUGCUGAUGAUGAUGAGGUAUCUAUAAAUUGCUCAUUUAGAAGCACCCAUUAAAGAUCAACAUAGCAAUAAUAAUUCCCUACAAAAUAUGAGUAAUUCUUAUUAAUACAACUUAAUAUCUAAAAUGUAUCGUCGUGAGCUAAUGUUCACAUGUAAACAGCAGCUCAUGUAGUGUAGAUGUCCAGUCAACAAGGAUGCAGCGAGGUUGACUGUCCAGGCGACACACGUACUUAGGUAUCGUCAUGAACUAACGGUCACAUGUAAGCCAAAAAUGUUCCCUACUCAUAGUACUCAUGCCCCAAAUAAAUUGACUGUUUUAUGAAAUCAAAUGUUUUUUACAAAUUGCGGACAAAUUGUUGUGCAUAGUAUAAUUUAGUUUAAGUAAUUUUAAUAUAUCUUGGUACUAAAUAAACUUUUUUUUAAGAUUCACAUAUUGCUUUGUUAUAGACUAGCUUCUGUCACCGGUUUCGCUUGCGUUUCUAUGGUAAAAAGUAGUUCCUGUAUUAUUCCAGACUAUAAUCUAUCUCUGUGCUAAAUUUCAUUCAAUUUUGUAUAGUCAUUAUUGAGUUUAUCACUACUAAUAAAAUUCCGUUAUCUGUCACCAUGUAUGCUUAGAUCUUUAAAACUGCGCAACGGAUUUUGAUGCGAUUCUUUUUAAUAAAUAGAGUGAUUCAAGAGGAAGGUUAUAUGUAUAAUUAUCACGUGAGAAGCCGUAGGAAAAAGCUAGUUUAUAUUAAAGUAGUAUGUGUCUACAGCAAGCUCCGAGCUCUAGAGUCUCUGAUUCAAUUCCAGGUCGAGCAAAAUAUUAUUUGGGGUUUUUAAAUUUAGGUAAAUUAUUUUUAAGUAAAAUUGAGAUUGGAAUUAAAAUUUUUGUUAAAGAAAGUUUAAAAUUUUAAAAUGGAAUAUUAUUUUAUAAUUCGUUUUUAGACAUACUGGAUUAACUAAAAAUCACGGUUUACUCACGUAUGUUAAUGUAGAAAACCUCUACUAGUUUCGAGUCACAGAGGGACUCUUAAUCAUGACGUCGCGCAGCCUACUUUUACUAGAAGAGUGUCGAGACGCUUUUCUCCAUUUAUUUAUGUAAGUAAACAGUGAUUUUCAAUUAAUUUAGUUUUUAGUUAAAUUUUACUAGUUAGAUGAGCCGUUAUAGUUUGUUUUAUGAACAGUACAAAUGUCUAUUCUAUUGUAAUAAAUAAUUAGCUAAAAUAUUAAAUUUUAUGCUAAAGUGAAAAGUGAAUAAAAUCAAGAUCGUAAUAUUCAGAUUUUAAUGUACUGAAUAACAUACUUUUUUAUAUUAUAUCGGAUAGCUCUUUUUUAGGAAGGAAAAUCAUCCAAUGGCUUCUCCCGCCUCGGGCGAGGCGAGAUAGUGUCAGAAUCUUACUGACUAAAAACCACCCCGUUCCUACUCCUGCUUUUCGAGCCAGAACCCCGGUAAACCCGGUAGGUUGUCCGCAGCUCCGGAAUAUCGGGUAGCUAAUAGAAAUAUAACAAUAUUCUUUCAUAAAAUCGCAGGCGAGUUCGAAAAAGCCUUUCAAAUUAGUAUUAUGUGCGUUGCUGUAAAAAUGGCCUAAAUGUUAUUCCAAAUUUCAUCUCGAUACCUUCAGCCGUUGUGACGUGAUUGAGUAACAAACAUACACACCAAACUUCCUUUGAUAUUGGGAAGAUUAGCUUUCAAAUAAUUUCAUUAUAAGUAGCGAUCUGACUUAGAUCGAUAUAAAUACGAAAGUAUUUGUUACCGUAAGAAUAUAAAAAAAAUCGUGUCUAGCAAAAAAAAAGCAACGUCACGCCUUUCAUCUCCGAAGAGGUGCCUCUUGAGAGGCGCACAUUACGACACGUAGGUAUUGCCGUGUACACCCACCCAUAUAUACAGUGUACACCCACAUUUGUGUUAUAUUGAAAAAAAUACGUGUCUAAUGUUUUAAAAUAAUUUACAAGACGGACAUUUAAAUAAAAAUUAGUCAUCUACCAUUAAAAUAUUUUAAUACAAUUAGUAAUAAAUAGAUAUUUGUACUGUACAUUUUAAAUGUAAUAAUAGUUUAAAUUAUAUAAAAAUUAAUAACAGUUGUAAUUAUGUCAGGCUGUGUAUCUGAAAGAUUAUUAUUUUUUAAAUAGACAUUUUAUUUUCCCCCCUCCCCUUUUUUAGGUUAGUUUUUUUAGAACAAAAACUUGUGUUAUUUUUGAUUCUGAAAAUUAAGUUUUUUAUUUAUAUCUAGAAACAUCUAGAUUGGAAUUGUCUGCACCAUUUAUUGAUGGGACUACAUGUUUAUGGGAAAAAUUUAAUUAUAUAUCAACUUUAUCAGUAAAAAUAAAUAGCGUUUAUAAUAUAUUACAGUUAUACCUACAAUAGUGAUUGAAUUUGUCUUGUCGCUAUCAAAUUUUGAACUGACUAUAUGUUUUUAUAGUCCAAAGACUAAAAAUUGUUUAAACGGAACGCUCGCAAACGCAAAAAGUUUAAUUUUCAAAAAAUUAAGGAAUUCUAUGUGGUAAUUUUUAUUUUAUGUAAUACAAUAGUUGUAAUCAACUCCUUAUAGGUGCUUUUCCACCAGAGAUGUGCUAUGCAACGUUGCUGUGGAUGCGUUUGGCUCCUACCAAUCAUAUUUAUUGGUACGCAUAGCAUAGCUGAGUUCGUUUCCCCCAUUACGGUGGAAACGAACUCAGCUAAGUUGUAUUAUAUCUAUAAGAUGCGUGCUAAGGAUGGCUUUUCUACUAUUAAUACAUCGCAUACUCGAGCUGCGCAUCUUCAUAGCACAGUUACAUAGCUUAGUAUCAGUGGAAACGGUCACAUAGUUUCACAGAUUAGUUAUUAUAUUUUCGUAGCUUAGCUACAUACUCUAUAUAGCCAUAUCUGGUAAAAAAGCACCGUAAAGCUGAUGUUGCAUGAAUAACACGAAAACUAAAACUAUUAAAAUUAUAACCUUUUUUUUAGCGUUUUUCGGGAGCGUUCCGUUUACACUCUGUAUAAAAUAUUUAUAUCUAAUCUAAAAAAAAAACAAAUCUGCUAAAUCGAAUUUGGCUCUACCAUCGUAAAGAGGUAGGUGAAAAUUAUUCUCGAAAUAAAAUCCCCAAAAGGCUGGCAACGUACUUGUAACUCCUCUAGUGUUGCGGGUGUCCAUGGGCGGCGCUGAUUGCUUACCUUCAGACCCCAUAGUACGAGUUUGUUUUACUUUUAACGAGAGCGUAUUCGGCAUUCUGAUUAGUUGAUUAAUUCGAGCCGGCCAUGGGCGGCGGCGAUUGCUUACCAUCUGGUGAUACGUCUGCUCAAUGAUAAACUCAAUGAUAAACUGGUUUUGUAUAAACAGUUGUGUGUAAUCGUGUAUUUUGGAGAUUGAAAAAUUUAAAUUAAGUUACAUUUCGUUGAUGUGUGUAUGUAUGUAUCAAAAAUAUGUAGUUUUAUGUAAUGUACAUACCUUUUUGUAUAUCUGCACUGUAUUAGAAUGUAAAUAUAAAUAAAGGCUAUAAUUAUUUA